GGGGUAAAGUAUGGGUUGAUUUUUGGUAUAAGAAAAAAAUAGAACCAGAACAAUAUAUCAGUUAUAAAAAACAGGUAGAAAAAUUGGCAAAUGUCGUAGAAGUAGAGUUUAAUUAUUUGGAUGAAAUGAUAAAAAUAACGGACUUGACAUUAUUGGAGCCAAAAUACCAAGAAAGAGGUUAUAAAUGGGUGAAUAAAGUUAAAUGGGACAUGGAGAAUCCAAAAAGUAAAGAUGAAAUGCAGGCCAAAGAAGAAAUAAUUGUCUUUGAACAUGUAAAGGACAUGAACUCUUCGUGCGAUUGCUUUGUCGGUGCAUCUUAUACUAGAACUCGUAGGGUUUAA